GAGGCAGAAAGAGAGAGAGGGGAGCGUUAAAACGUCUGCUCGCUUCCUUCCAGCCUCAGCAUCGGCUCGGUUUGUGCAGGAGGCUGCAGCUCCAUCCCUCCAGGAUCUCCAGCGUCCAGACAUGAUCACUUCCCACUCCGCCCGCCUCACUCUCAGCUGGGAUCUCUUCAUUGGGCUCUGCAUGGAUGAUACCAGCCUUCAUGGAUUUCCCACAGCACAACUAAUUUGACUCAAACACGGGAUUGGUGAAAAGUGAAAAGACAGAAAAGCAAAAAAAGGAGGCAACACCAGGUGGUUUCCAGCGGUUUUUUAAGGUUUGUGGAAGCAGCUCAGUCUGCCUUGGACAUGGGACCGUGCGUCAGCCGAGAGAGAUCAGGAAGAGCCUCUUCUUGAAGGAGGAGAAGCCCGUGUUCGGGAGUUUUUUCUUUCCUUUUUUAAAUUCAAAUUUAUUUGCUCGUUCGACCGGGGAGGGGGGAGCUGUGGGUUUUACGCGCCGGAAUGAUGCGUCCCAACCGCGGCUUCAUCCUGCUCCUCCUCAACGGAACCGCUUGUUUGGUGGCACUGGGUCAAGAAGACGACUCCUCCGGCCCCAAGAGCUCCCCGGACGACUCCUCCAAGACGGUGGGCCUCCUGAGCGGCCAGGCUCCCAUCUCGCCCCUCAGCCGCUGGAUGCUGCACAGUAAAAGUCGAGCGGCCAACGCCACCUCCCUGGAGCUGCCCUACCGCUCCCCGGUCCCCUUCUCCAAGCAGGAGUUUUCUAAACAGGAGUUCUGGGAGAUGCUGGGCAGCGAUCUGCUCAAACCCGACGCCUCCAGCUCCAGGGUCAAACGUCGGCCGAUUGUUAAGACUGGCAAGUUCAAGAAGAUGUUCGGCUGGGGUGACUUCUACUCCAACAUCAAGACGGUGAGGCUGAACCUGCUCAUCACUGGCAAGAUUGUGGAUCACGGUAACGGCACGUUCAGCGUCUACUUCCGGCACAACUCCACGGGCCAGGGCAACAUCUCCGUCAGCCUGGUGCCUCCUGUCAAGGCGGUGGAGUUCGACCUGGAGCGCCAGAGCGUUGUCUACCCCAAGGACUCCAAGAUCUUCAACUGCCGCGUGGACUAUGAGAAAGUGGAUCGCAGCAAGCGCACCUCGUUGUGCAACUACGACCCAUCCAAGACCUGCUUCCAGGAGCAGAUCCAGAGCCAUGUGUCCUGGAUUUGCUCUAAGCCUUUCAAGGUCAUCUGUAUCUACAUUUCCUUCUACAGCACAGACUACCGCCUGGUGCAGAAGGUCUGCCCGGACUACAACUACCACAACGAGAUGCCCUACCUGCCCUCGGGCUAGAAGACUGUUCAGAAGGGGGGAGGGAGGAGAGGCGGGAGGAGAGAGGAAAAGGGGGAUGAGUGGGAGCGACUGCUGGGCUGUGAAUUGUCCUUAAGCCACAGUGGCAGCGAGACACCUUAAAAAAAAACCCUCUUUGUAGCCUGAUUACUGUAAGAUGUAAAAACAUAUAUGCAAAACAAAAACUACAGUAUGCAGAUAAUGAGGCAUUUGAAAUGCUUAACUGCAGCAUUCAUUAACUGGACUGGUAGUGAAAGUCAAACACCGCCAACAUGCACAUUCUUACCUCAAUCCAGUUUCUAAAUGCCAACUUCUCGCCAGCUAUUUCUCUCUUCCAUUAAGCCAUUUGUGAAUGUUGUCUGAAUGUCCUUUUAAUCACCCUUUACACUGUCGCUCUUUUCUUUUGCAAAAGGCAGCAAUUUAGGUGAAAGUGUGCAUUUAAAUGCUCCGAUGUGAUCCACUGGAGAGUUGCAUAUGAAUUCAGGUUUGAUUACGAACCUCAUCUCCCACUGUAAAGGCAAAAAACGUACCACGGAGAACAUGAAACAUUGUUUUUCCUCACAAAGAGCAGAUGAAUGUAAAGUGUAACCAACCGGAGGAUCAUUCAGGUUACGCUCGCAGUCUUUUGAAAGGGCAUAUUUUCUACGUGAACUAAAAAUCCAUCCCAGAACAAUGCUGAAAGCUUCUCUUUCUACUCAGUUUCUCUUCUAACAUAAGUGUCCCCCACCCCCCUCUCCUGUGUCCUUGUCAAUAUGCAGUGUUUACCAUCCAAAACUAAUCACAAUAUAUCCUUCAGUUACAUUUCAACAAAAGAGAAUAAAAAUAUAGAGAUGGAGGAGGAUGGGGGAAAGAAAAAUAAUACGAUUUACAAAGAAAGAGAUUGCUCAACAGAGAUUCAGGGCCAGGGGUUUAAGACAAGUUCAGAAUGAGGGGAAAUAACUAGAUUCAGCAUGGAGAUAGAAUUGGCCCUCCACACUUAAGAGAGAGGGAGCAAGGUGGGGGAGAGAGAGACUCAGUGAGCUCGUUUAAUUAAAGUGGAGAAGGAAAGUAUGCAGCGCCUUCUAUUGUCCCCUCUGUAUGAAAAAGAUUACAUUUUGUUGCCGUCAGGAUUCCUGAUUUCACGCCUUGAUAACUUUGACUGUGUGAGGGAGAUUGCUCUCUCCCGACAAAUACUGUGUUCACUAAAGUCAGCCCCGUUAUCUUGAAUAAAUGAAAAUAUUAUCAUAAUAAUUACAUAUAAUUUAAUCUCCUUUAGAACUAAUUAAGGUUUCAACGAGAGGGCAAAAUGUUUUCCUAAAAAUCAAGUCAGGGGGAAGGAGGAUAAGAGGACGUUCGCGGGGAUUGUUGUGUUUUUGUGCCGAGCCACAAGCCCAGAGUUAACUGCUCUCAUUAAGAUAAAUGGCCACUGGCUGGCCCGUCUCAUGUUGCGUUCACAAACAAUAUCAGUUGAGAGCAGCGCCACAAUGGAGCUGUGAAUUAGUCGGCCUGACAUUCUGUAAGCGCAGAGGUUACAACUGUCCUGUUUAUGAGGACACGAUGACUUCUUGGUUCAUUAACAGUCACCAGACAGGUGUGAAGGGUCAUUAAACAGCGAGAUCAGAUCACCGCGUUGACGCUGAUGUAUUGUGACAUCGCUGAGAUCCGGACGCACUCGGCCGAAGCUGCACGCCGGCGUCCCAGGUGGACUCGGCGGCAGUGAACGGUCACCACAAAGCCGUCGCCCCUGUGGGGAGACGAGACGUAAAUGCAUCGCUUUGGCUGCUCUGUGCGAGCUGGGAGAACAGGAGUAGGAGGGAAAAUGCAGUCGCAGGGCUAAAGAUAGCAACAAAGACCUGUAAAUCUGCACAUCAAAGCUCUUAGUUUUUAAUUUGCUGUUAAAGAGGAGGGGAAGCUCCGCUCUGUAUGAAGCAACUUGUGACCCAGAGCGAACAGCAGCAGCAGCAGCGGUGCACCGACAUGUCUGCAGGGGACAGACAGCUGCAGCACCUGCAGUCGCUGGAAACGCUGCUCAUCUGUUUCUGUCUGGUCUGACUCACCGGCUGCAGGUAUGGACUGCUAUUAACCACUCAUUUCAGAAAGUGGUCUCCUCCUCUUAUGCUUUCUGCAUGGUCACAAUUUCCCUCAACAGCAGCAAUCUGAGCAGCAACCUACGCUGGAAAUGACAAGUUGAGGACGACAGGGUCUCCUCCACUUGUAGGUUGAAUCAGUCGUCUUAAUACAUUUCUGGACAACACAGCUUUUUUUGCCAGGCAACUGGUCAUAAAUAUCAUGGAACAACCCUCUGUAUGUCUGGUCAUAAACCUUUAUGUAGUCAUCAAUGACAGGACUAUAUGAGUCUUAAAUUUAGUUUAUCUAUCUGCUGAAUCUGAUUUUACUACAGUUUUAGGACCUAAAUCCCAGAUUCCAUCUCACAGAACUCCAAUGUUGAUCCGUUUUCUGAUAGCAGUCGUCAAUCCUACUUGGUUUGACUAAUCUUUUAACUCUUGAAGCAGCAUUGACCAAUGCACUGACACAUUUCACCAAUAUAAAUUAAAUAAAGUUCUGCUACAGCCAGACUAAAGCCACAUUCCACGAGCAAAUCCUACAAAGAGCUAAAGUAUAGACAGGCUUCAACUGUUGGGCACCAAAUAUCAAAUUAUUGGUAAAAGUCUGAUCACAAAUUGGUUUUUGUGGCAUUUUCUCAUUUAAGAUAAACUUGAUUAAUCCCUCAGCAGAUACAUUUACUAAAAAAAUAACCAUCAAAAGACAUUUAAGUCAUCACACUAGUUGCACCUGCAUAACUGCACAAGUACAUCUGAGAUUAGUGUAGAAAAGAACACGACAAACAAUAAAAAGACAUUAGAAACACAGGAAGAAAGCCGAGGCUGCUGUAACUUGCUGCCACUCAUGGGCACAUGUGCAGUCAUUUGGGUGGAACCAAUUGUAAUUAUAAACUUUUCAUCGCUACGACUGAAACUGUUCUGCCAAAACAAGUAUCCAAUGUCCAUACUUCCAUAAAAAAACAUUCAAUAUAUCCUAAUGCAUAGUCUGACAAAUGUAGAUAAUUUUUUUUGCAAAUUUUGCAGUAUUUAAGCCAACAUGCUUUUCUGGCCACGCUGACCACCAAUCAUCUCGGCCGUUACAUCACAAUGACUCACAUAAAUGUAAACAAGCUUGAACUGAGAGUGAACAGAGAAGAUAAGACUGCGAUGGUCAAAGUUUUAGGCACAAUGUUAUGACAAAGCACUAUGUCUCAACCGUAUGAGUACUGCAAGAAUUAGCAGCUGUAGUACACACUUAGACUAUAAAAUGUGUGAUUUGCACAGAGCUACAGUCAGAACAUUCAUGGUCUAACAACACCCAAGAUGUGCAACUGUUUUAAAGAAACAAAACACUGUUAUAGCAGACUGAUAGUGAGGUGCAACUAGCCAGACCAGUCAAACCUCCAUCUCCUUUUGCAUUUUUAUCUCAGCUCAUGUUUUAUAUAUGCUUGGAUGCCCUGCUUACUGACAACACCACAAUGUGAGUUUUUCACAAUCAAGAAUCUUUUCCCUAUGAAUCAGAAAGCUAUGAGAAAGUGAGCAGUGACUGAUCUGACUCCAGUUACAGUUUGUACGGUAUUUAUUUGAAAGUCCCAGUGGAACAUACAGCAUAGGUUUGGCAGCAGCUCCAACUAUGCGCCUGACUCUUGUACUUUUGCUCUAUUGCUGGAGGAAAUAGAAUGUGCUUAAAAUGCAUCAACCAGCAUGAAUGAACCACUGCCUUCUGCUCUGUUCAUCCAUUUCCUCAUCCUCCAGCUCUCUCUGUCCCUUCCCUUCUCCAGAUGUCCAUGUUACUCAGUCAUCCGCCCCGCUGUCGUCCUCUCCUCCUGUGUGACCCCGGCUGACUGGCCUCAGCCUCCAUACCGGCUCUACCUCCCUUACCCCGGAGUUGAACCCUGCUGAGGGUAGUUCCUCAUAGCUGCCCCGCCCGCCCUCCUGCACGCAGUGCUGAGCUGAGCUGGCUAAUCUCUGCAAGCUUAACACCGAGCCAAGCGAACAUCAGCAGUGAGAACUCCCCUCUCUCCUUCUCUAUCUAUUUCUCUCUGUAUCUAUAUCCCAUCAAACAAAUGCGAGUGCGCACACAUUCUUAGGAUGUGCCGGUUUUUAGGUAUUUUCCUCUCUCCUGUUCAAAGCAUCUUACAUAAGCCCCUGGAUUGGGAGGACGUGAAAUCUCCUCGAGAGCAUGCCAACGGAGUGCCCAACACAGAUACGCCCCAGUAACCUCAAUACUCCUCCCCACCACUACGCCCAGCACCCCCGUCCUGCAGGACGUCUGGAGAGAAGCUGGAUGCUCGACACAUGAUGGAAUCAAAGCUGGGCAACAUGAGCCCAGAGCACUGUACCCAUGUAGAAAAAUCAAGGACACAUGUUGGGCUGCCCACUGAGAAGAAGCCCCGCUCCCUGCUCCUUACUGAUCCUCUCAGAUUUACAGCAAUACUCUCACCAAGACUCCACCCUCUCCGCCUUUCUGGGGCGACUUAAACACAAAGGCUGCUGGACUAAGUUUAAGAGACAGUCAUGUUGCUGAGGAAUGGGCAGUGUUGUUACAGCAGCAGCCUUAUCAUUGACCCCAUCGUGGGCCAACAGACAUGUGGAUAUUUGGCCUUAGAGACUGCAAAACAACACUGGUCCACGUUUGCAAAGAAUAGUAACAAAAUCAGGCUGUCUAAAAGAAAUAUAUAUAUAAAAGUAUAUAUAUAUUAAAGCUAAGAGUCCUCAGAUCUGAAUAAAGUUGUAUUUAAAUGUGGGUCAUGCAGUGAAGGUUGUCUGUUUUACCUUUUUUUAAAAUUUGUUCCUCAUGGUUUUCUUUCUCUGUCAUGUGGAUGAUAUACUGUAUGGAUGAUAUGAUGGCAUUAACUGUGGUUUUCAACAUUCUAAAAAUCAAUAAAGUACACAAAAGUACUUGAAGCCACUUCAA